AUGACUCCCGCUCUUAGAAGACCCGUCAAGGUCGCUGGCGCCUCUGGAGGUUUCUCGGACAGAGUUCGAGCCAUCUCAAGCUUAGCAGCCAACGAAGAUGUUGAUGUAAUUGUCGGUGAUUGGUUGUCUGAGAUGACAAUGACAAUUCACGGUACCGGAAAGAUCGCUAAACAAGCUCAACUUGCUGGCAAGGAGCUCUCAUUUGACGAGCAAGUCCAGAAUGCAAUGUUUGCUGAGAACUUUAUGGACUGCUUUGAGCCAGCAAUUGAUGACCUUGCGGACAAGAAGAUCAAGCUAGCUGUAAAUGCCGGCGCUAGCGAUGCUGAGAUCCUGGCCAAGUUGGUUCAGAAGAAAGUUAGGGAACGUGGGCAUGAUCUGAAAGUUGCUUGGAUUGAAGGUGACGAUGCCACUGGAGCUGUUAAAGCGAUGUUGGAAAAGGGCGAAGGCUUCAGAAGCUUGAUGCACAACAAAUCUGUACAAGAAUGGGGUCUGGAUCCUGUGUGCGCUCAAUGUUAUCUUGGUGGUCUUGGGAUUGCAAAAGCUCUCACCCAAGGCGCUGAUAUUGUCAUCUGUGGUCGUGUUUCCGACGCUUCUCCUAUCAUUGGUGCUGCUGCAUGGUGGCAUCAAUGGACACCUGAUCAGUUCGAUGAGCUUGCUGGAUCACUCAUCAUCGGCCAUCUCCUUGAAUGCGCAGCAUAUGUCAGUGGGGGUUAUAGCGCUGACUUCAAGGAUCUCUUGAGAGCCGGAAAACACAUCAAUUUGGGAUUUCCCAUCGCAGCUAUUGACCAUAUGGGUCACGCCGUCAUGACGAAAGAGAAAAAUACUGGCGGCGUAAUGACUGUCAAUUCCGUCACAUCGCAACUGCUCUACGAAAUUCAAGGUCCUCAAUACUACAACUGCGACGUCACAGCUCAACUCGAAAACAUCAAAAUCGAGCAAGUAGGUGAAGAUCAAGUCAAGAUCUCUGGCGUCAGAGGCCUGCCCCCGCCACCAACUACAAAAGUAGGAAUUACAGGUUUCGCAGGCUGGCAAGCAGAAUAUCACGUUUACCUCUGCGGUCUCGACAUCGAAGAGAAAUGCAAAUGGGCAGAAGAACAAAUCCGCUACGAACUCGGUCCAGAACUCCUCUCCAAAUUCACAACCUUGAAAUUCAUGCAAAACGGCUCCUCGGUAAUCGACGCCCGAAAUCAAGACGUGGCUACCGUCGACUUCCGUAUCUUUGCGCAAUCCAAAGAUCGUGAGAUUCUCAAAAUGCGGAAUCCAGAUGGAUUUUUCCGUCGCGCUAUGGUUAUGUUUUUACAAUCAUGUCCUGGCGCAUCCCUAGGAAACGAUAUGCGACAAGCAGAGGGGAAGCCAUAUUACGAAUACCAUCCUGCACUUCUCCCUCAAUCCGCAAUUCCUCAGCGCGUACAUCUUCUGUUCGACGCCCCAGAGCCAAUUUACACCAUGCCACUAGCCCCCAAGUUCACAACCUAUGAUCGUCAGCAACCUAGCUACGAGACUUCAAACCCGGUAGACCUUUCUACAUUCGGACCUACAGUCCGUCUUCCUCUGGGGCGUAUAGUCCUUGGUCGUUCCGGCGACAAAUGCUCAGAUUGUAAUGCUGGCUUCUUCGUCCGUCACGACGAUGAAUGGGAUUGGCUACGUUCUUUCCUGACUGUGGCUCGUAUCCGAGAACUUCUUGGUCCAGAAGAGAACCAUGAGAAACCGAUUGAUCGGUUUGAGAUGCCGAAUAUUAAAGCUGUACACUUCCUAUUGCAUGAUCAUUUGGAUAGAGGAUACGAUGCUUGUAGUACGUAUGAUACAUUGGGGAAGAAUGCGUGUGAGUAUCUGAGAGCGAGGACGGUGGAUGUACCGAAGAAAUUUGCGGAUAGGGGGUUUGUUUGA